CUUUCGCUGCUUUUGCUGCUGCUGCUGCUUCGUCGUGCAAAGCCGAAGCGGCGGCCCAGGAUGAGCGACCUCAGGCAACGGCUGGCCCGGGAGCCCGAAGGGCAGCACGACGCCGAGGGGAAGGAGUUGGAGCUGGAGAACAAGCUCGAUGGAGGAGAAACUGCAUCGGAUAGCGAGAAUAAAUCGGAGGCCGCCCCGCCUUCUUCGGCUGACGAUACCCCUGAGGUCCUCAACAGAGCACUGUCUCACCUGUCCUCAAGAUGGAAGAACUGGUGGGUGAGGGGCAUCCUGACGCUGGCCAUGAUUGUCUUCUUCUUCAUCAUCAUCUACUUGGGACCCAUGGUGUUGAUGAUGAUCGUCAUGUGUGUCCAGAUCAAAUGUUUCCACGAGAUCAUCACUAUUGGUUACAACGUCUACCAUUCCUAUGAGUUGCCCUGGUUCAGGACACUGAGUUGGUACUUCCUGCUCUGUGUGAACUAUUUCUUCUACGGCGAGACGGUGACAGAUUAUUUUUUCACUCUGGUCCAGAGGGAGGAGCCCUUACGCAUCCUUAGCAAAUAUCACCGCUUCAUUUCCUUCACCCUCUAUUUAACAGGUUUUUGCAUGUUCGUUUUGAGCCUGGUGAAAAAGCAUUAUCGCCUUCAGUUCUACAUGUUUGGCUGGACCCAUGUGACUUUGCUAAUAAUUGUUACCCAGUCGCACCUCAUCAUUCACAACCUGUUUGAAGGAAUGAUCUGGUUCAUUGUCCCGAUUUCCUGUGUCAUCUGCAACGACAUCAUGGCGUACAUGUUUGGGUUCUUCUUCGGACGCACCCCGCUGAUUAAGUUAUCCCCAAAGAAAACCUGGGAAGGGUUCAUUGGAGGAUUCUUUGCCACUGUGGUGUUUGGCCUUUUACUCUCAUAUCUGAUGUCCGGAUACAGAUGUUUCAUAUGUCCAGUCGAAUUCAACAACGACACCAACAGCUUCACAGUGGAUUGUGAGCCUCCGGAGCUUUUCCAGCUGCAAGAAUAUAACAUCCCCCUGGUGCUUCAGUCUGUGAUCGGCUGGAAGACUGUCCGGAUGUAUCCCUUCCAGAUCCACAGCAUUGCCCUCUCCACUUUUGCAUCCCUCAUUGGACCUUUCGGGGGUUUCUUCGCCAGUGGUUUCAAAAGAGCGUUCAAAAUCAAGGAUUUUGCCAACACCAUCCCUGGGCAUGGCGGCAUCAUGGAUCGAUUUGACUGCCAGUACUUGAUGGCCACUUUUGUCAAUGUGUAUAUUGCCAGCUUUAUCAGGGGCCCCAAUCCGAGCAAGCUCAUCCAGCAGCUCUUAACCCUGCGGCCCGAUCAGCAGCUGAACAUCUUCAACACACUGAAGGCUCACCUGGUCGACAGGGGGGUGCUCCCCACUUCCGAGGACGCAUAGGCAGCUCGGCGAUCGGACUGUGACUGAACAAGCCCCCCCCCUUUCCUACCUGCCAUAGGAACCCUGCCCAUCCAUCCACCUUGCCCAGCCUAGCACAAUAACCGAGCUGAACCUCUCUCACUUUCUCCUUCCCCCCAUACCAAAGGGGGGGGGGGUGUCGGUGGCUUUUUGGGGGGACGGACAGUUUGUUUCCAAGCAGACAGGAGAGGGGGCUUCGCUCGGAAGAAAUUUGGGGCGCAGGGGAAUGGACCUGGCUGAGUGUUUUGGAACGCAGCCUUUCCCUUCAGGGCUGCACUUGGGGUUUUCCGCUCCUGGGGAGGUGGGGGGGUGUCUCAUUUUUUUCCCCCAGGGUGAGGUGGACAGAGAGAUGGGAGAAAGGAAGCAGGCGGUAGGGGGGGGGGAAAUACUUCUCCGUAGUUCAGAAAGCGAAAAGGGGUCUGGUUGUGCACUGACGUUUCUUCCUGAAUUGUAUUGUGUAGCAAAAAUGGUUGUGGCAUUUGACCAAACUGUCCGGAGACCAGAAUAAUCACAACGGCUCCCAUAUCGGCCUCCCCAGGAGCUGCUCAGCAAUUCCUUUUGCCAGGUGGCAAUUUGCAGUCUUGAUGGAUGGGAAGAGUGUGUGUGUUUGUGUGUGUGUGUGUGUGAAAGCUACAAGAUUGCAGAACCUCCCAAACUAAAUCGUUUCAAAACAAAAUUUCUUUUCCCUUUAAGCAACUGCCGCUGUUUUGUGUCUGUCGGCUUGCUGCCUACUCCGCUCCGUUCAUCCAAGCAGGCCACAUCGUUUGCGGGUUUUGUGAUAUUGUGGCGUUGCUCAUUCUUCCUUGCAUCGUAGAAAUGCAGCUAGCGAGGAGGGGGCCGAGUCAAAUUGUUCUGGGGUUCCUCCUUUUAAAAAAAUAUAUCAGAAGAGAUGACGACAGUUAUUCUUCCAAUUGGAAGAGGUGACUAUUGAAUCUUUAGCUUAAUCAAACAGAGCAAAGAGAUUCCAGACAGGAAAAACAAAAAUCCUAAGAAGGUUGUGGAAAUACAUACCGUGUUUCCCCGAAAAUAAGACCCUGUCUUAUAUUUUUUUAAACCCUGAAAUAAGCGCUUGGCCUUAUUGCCAUGCGCUCAAAAGCCCGAUUGGGCUUAUUAUCAGGGGACAUCUUAUUUUGGGGGAAAUGGUAUAUAUUAAAAACAUUGCACACAUCUUAAAACAGUUUAGAAUUUUUUUUAAAAAAGGAAAUCCAUUUUGGCACAAAAGAAAGGUGUAAAAUACAGAAAUAUUUGACUACCGAAAGAGAAAACUUAACGCACUGUAAGCCGCCCUGAGUCUCCGGAGAAGGGCGGCAUAUAAAUCAAAUUAAAAAAAAAAAAUAUAUAUUUGGUAACAGGGAGCGUGUUCAAUCAGGUUAACCUGCUCUGAUCGGAAUUGGUGAUUUAUUUAUUUUUUGGCUCAGAUGUAUCUUAGACUUUCAUAGGAUUUGAAGCUCUGUUUCUGGACAGCACUUUUGUUUCCGCUGGUUUAGUCUUCUCCAAACUUGACACCACUCCCCGCUUACAGAGGUGUGGACUUCAGCUCCCAGAAUUCUUAGCAAUGGCUGGCUGGUGGGGGAAACCUUGGAGGUUGCAGACGGCCAACGUUGGCCACCAGUGCAGCUGUUUCAGGAGUUCAGGUCUAGUAAUAAAUUUGUAAAAAGCCUGUUCCUUUUGAGCAAGAGAAGGGAAAUAGCAUAGAAAUGUCUUAAGGUCGAAAGCAGUGAGUGUCCAAGCAGCCUUAUCCAGUCUGGCUCCCCCUUGAUGUAAGGUAACAUCAACUCCCAGAAUCCCUCAGCCAGCAGGGUCAGAGAUUGGUGGAGAAUUCUGGGAACUCUAGUCCUAGUCUCUAUGGAGAUUGCAAUCUGGAGAAAAUUGCAUUACGCCCAGGACGGUUCUGGUCCAAAGACCGCUCGACAGCGGUUCGUCAGUCCGGGUUUUCGCGGAGCUCAUCGGAGCCCGCUAAUUCCCCGACUGUCUCGCCGUGACGCUUCCAGUGAUGGAACAGCGACAUAGUAGUUGUAAUUCGCCUGCCCUCUUUGCUCUCGGUCAUCUUGAAUUUUUAAGACAGUUGACAGAAUCAAGAAUCGGCCCUUUGAGCUGCGUGGCGUGAGAAUCUGAAGGCACAGGGAGCCUUCUGGGCCUAGAAACUUCUCCAGGGAGACAGAGUGGCUGGGAAGGGGAUCGGUUGGAAUCUUAACCUCAUUCCCAUCCUGAUCUCCCCCCAAUACAUCCCCUCUAUGUAGAGGAUGACAAGAUAAUCCCACCCGUCGCUGGCUUCCUUCCCAGCACCUGUUCAUGAACCAGAAGGCCUCGCAGGCUUCAGGACGUGUGAAUGGCCCCGCUUGCAAAAGAAGGAAGAGCGGCAGGCAGAAUCACUCCUUGUGACGCCAAAACAUUUGCUGCCCAAAAAAUCGGCCCAAAAAUGAGUUUGCUUCUCAAAGAAAGCUCAUUGAAGCCGGUGCCUGCAGGGACACCAAAGUAGGCGCAUCUUCUGUCCUAUCGCGCCUGCAGAUGCUCUAAUCUAGAUGGAGGCUUGUUACGGUCUCACUAAAAGGGAAGGCACAGCAGGAAGGAAGGAAGUGAGUUGGCACGUGUAUGGGGAGAAUUUGGGUGUAUGUCGAUCAAGGUGAAAAAAAAAACAGGAGCUGGCUGGAAGGCAGAACUCUUGACGUUGUUGGCAUCAAACUACUCGGCUUCAGAGAAACCUGUUUGAUUUGCAGGGGGGUUUCCUGAUGCCUCGAGAGGUGCUCUCCCCACCUCCACCCACAGCGUGGCCCAAUACCAAAAUGCAACAGCAAAGUAAAGAACAGGAAGUGAAGAGAGUGUCUCAGUUUACCUUUUCAAAAAGGCUCUGACAGAAGUCUUCUGUAAAGAAGUUGGGGUUAAGACCAAACAGAUGGAAAGUCAUACAAGUAGAUGAACCUUUUGAACUGAAUGUUGUCCUAGAUAAGGAAGGUGUAGGUUGCAUUGUCUGUUCUGCACGGGCUCCUUGGCUUGCAGCCUUAAACAUCAACACCCUAGUUUGGCUUUGGGGCUGGAGCUCCUGUUUGGCAAAGGAGCUACUAAGGCAUUUGACAGCAUCAAGAGAACAUCAGAAGGGCAACCCUUGGUACAAGAGGCUCCAGGAUAGUCUGGCAGAGGUCUUCAAACUUGGCAUCUUUAAGACUUGUGGACUUCAACUCCCAGAAUUCUCCAGCCAGCAUAGCGAAUUCCCAGAGAAUUCUGGGAGUUGAAGUCCACAAGUCUUAAAGAUGCCAAGUUUGAAGACCUCUGGUCUAUGGCAUUGUUUUAGGAAGCCUUGUAGGAACUGGAUUCAAGGCCUUGUCCCUCAUGUCUUCAGCAAUCUUCUUGUGAAGGUGGAGAGUUUGGGGGUCUCUCUGGAGCCAGAUUUAAGGAUUGGCAACGAUAUCGCAGAUAGAUGUGGACAGUGGAUUGUAUGGUGUGGGAGGGGCACGAGUAGGUCCCAGUUGGGCACUCUUUCUUUCCACCCUGUCAAAACAGCCCUAAGAUGUAGGAGGCCAAGUGUAGCAUAGGGCUCUCAACCUCGGCCCCCAGUUCUUGAACAUCGCUGAGGUGGAGAAACACUGUUUUAAGGGAUUGGAUCAUGUUCUCCUGAACUUCCAUGUAAUGCUUGCUAUAGAAGACCUCUGAAUGCCUCUUUUAAGAAGAAGCAAGGUUCUGUGGAGUACUGGAGAAAUGUCUACAAUCCUGUAGCUUUUAGGGGGUCUCCAAACUUGAAGACUUGUGGACUUCAACAGCACAUGCUGGCCGGGGAAUUCUGGGAGUUGAAGUCCACAAGUCUUAAAAGUCGCCAACCCUACACCCCUGCUGUAACUGAAAAAGCCAGCAUCCUCUGUGUUCUUCCCGCUUCCCAUAUUUCCUUCUGCUAAACAACUCCAAAUGUUGGUAGUUCUAGUGCCUCAGCGGCCUCCUGUAGACAGCACCUAAAGCUGGCAAUAUUAGUCCAGCCAGCAUAGCUACACGAACACCGUGAAUAUCUCCUAGCCAUUAGCUCCGUUGAGAAAUUGUGUUUCCUACUCUGCAUCCCGAUUCUUUUCUCUCUCUCUCUCUCCCUUUCCGUGCCCUCUGCUUAUUUCUCUGUGCAGUGUCCUUUUGAGGAAGGGGGGUUGAUGGCUGUAUUGUUUCUUUGCAGAUGCCCAUAAGGCAGGAGGGUCUGCAGGAUGGGGUCAAAAGAAGUCAGGAUGGGGGCCAUACGGGCGCAGUCAAAACCUCCGCAUUUUUUUUUUAACGUGCUGCAAAGCAGGUGGAGCUUCCAUUGCACUCCUGUGGCCACCAUCUUGACCAGGGGUCUCCAAACUUGGGAACUUUAAGACUUGUGGACUUCAACUCUCUUUGCUGGCUGGGGAAUUCUGAGAGUUGAAGUCCACAAGUCUUAAAGUUCCCAAGUUUGGAGACCCCUGAUCUUGAUCAUACCCAACAGACACCCUUGCCCAUAAGCUAAACUUUGAGUUACAUGGAUUUUAAUUUUUUGUCGUUGUUAUUGUUUUGUUCUGACUGUCAGAAUGUGAAUUACUGUACAAAGGCAUUUUAUCCUAUUUAUAUACUGUAAUGUUAUUAAAUAAAACGUAUCCAAAGUAAA